UGGAAGUGAGGCGUGAACAGAGCUCUUCUCCCCUCAGGGGGGGCGGGCAGGGGAAGAAGCCGGGCACCGGUCGCCUAUUGUCACAUCGCAUCCAUUUGCAGCGUGUGCACGGGAGCGCAGCGCCCAGCUCGCUCUCUCUCUCUCUCCCUCUCCUCCUCUCCAUUCCCUUCCCCUUUCCCAAGCAAGUUGCGAGGCGCCCUUGCCGUUGCGCACCGGACCUUUCCACAUCCCCAGCCCAACUUUCACGUCGCCUGGCUCCAAAACAAACAUGACGGAUUACAAAAGUGGCGGCGGAGGGAGGAGCAGCAGCAGCAGCCGCAGCCGCGCCGACCCUUUGGAACUGAGGCUGGGGUAGUAGCGGGGAAGCAGGGAGGCGCGCGGAGGAGAGCGCGAGACCGACGCCGUCUCCGGCUGAAAAGCUCGCCAAGCCCCGCGCCACCUCACACUGCCGCGGUCGCAGCCAAAUGCAGUAAGAGGUGCUGAACAUGCCUCGCAGUCCAACGUCAAGUGAAGAUGAGAUGGCUCAGAGUUUUUCAGACUAUUCAGUGGAAUCUGAAUCAGACAGCUCCAAAGAAGAAACCAUUUACGAUACUAUCAGGGCUACCGCAGAGAAGCCAAGUAGCAGAAUGGAAGACUCCAAGAGCAAUACAUUAGUGAUGCGGAUUAUAAUACCUGACCUACAGCAGACGAAGUGUAUUAGAUUUAAUCCUGAAGCUUCUGUAUGGGUAGCAAAACAGCGAAUUCUUUGCACAUUGAAUCAAAGUUUGAAAGAUGUUCUCAAUUAUGGCUUGUUUCAGCCUGCGAACAAUGGGAGAGAUGGGAAAUUUUUGGAUGAAGAAAGACUUCUUAUGGAAUAUCCACAGCCUGUAAACAAGGGUGUUCCAACCUUAGAGUUUCGGUAUAAGAAAAGGGUGUACAGACAAUUUAAUCUUGAUGAAAAGCAGCUAGCCAAGCUCCACACAAAGGCUAAUUUUCGAAAAUGUAUGGACCAUGUUCACCACCUGUCUGUUGAAAAACUAACAAAGAUGCUGGACCGGGGACUUGAUCCUAACUAUCAUGACUUGGAAAGUGGAGAAACCCCACUGACUUUGGCAGCUCAACUUAGCAAUACUGUUGAAGUUAUCAAAGCCCUGAAAAAUGGAGGAGCUCAUUUAGAUUUCAGAGCUAAAGAUGGCAUGACUGCAUUACACAAAGCAGCUAGAGCCAAGAACCAACUUACCCUGAAGACCCUCUUAGAACUUGGAGCAUCUCCCAAUUAUAAAGACAGCUGUGGACUGACACCGUUGUAUCACACUGCCGUAGUUGGAGGAGAUCCAUAUUGUUGCGAGCUCUUGCUUCAUGAACAUGCUACUGUAGGUUGCAAAGAUGAAAAUGGAUGGCAAGAGAUUCACCAGGCUUGUCGAUAUGGGCACGUCCAGCAUUUAGAACAUUUUCUGUUUUAUGGAGCUGAUAUGGGAGCACAAAAUGCCUCUGGAAACACAGCGUUACAUAUCUGUGCACUUUACAACCAGGACAGCUGUGCAAGAGUUUUGUUGUUACGGGGAGCUAACAAGGAGUUGAAGAACUAUAAUAGUCAAUCUCCAUUUCAGGUGGCAAUAAUUGCUGGAAAUUUUGAGCUCGCUGAAUAUAUCAAGAAUCACAAGGAAACUGAUAUAGUGCCAUUUAGAGAGGCUCCUACCUACUCAAAUAGAAGACGGAGACCCCAGAGCACCUUGACAGCACCUCGUGUCUUGCUUCGGUCGAAUAGUGAUAACAAUCUGAACGUCAACAUUCCUGAUUGGUCAGCCUCUUCCUUAGCUUCUUCACACCGUAGCCUUUCGCCUAACCUACUCCAACAGAUGCAGAAUAAUCCUAAUGGAACUGUGAAAACUGUUGGGAGCUACACGCCAUCUUCUCGAAGCCGCUCACCGUCAUUAAAUAGGUUAGGAGGAGAAGAUGCAAAGCGGCAGCAACACCGGCACAUUAGUGCCAGUUAUAACCCCAGUGCCAACAAGGAUACUAUAUCUGCCUUGGAUUAUCAGGGUCCAAAACGCAAACUUUAUAGUGCUGUACCUGGAAGACUAUUUAUUGUCGUGAAGCCAUAUCAACCUCAAGGAGAAGGGGAGAUUCAUUUGCACAAAGGGGACAGGGUGAAAGUUUUGAGCAUUGGCGAGGGUGGAUUCUGGGAAGGCACCACUCGAGGUCAUGUUGGAUGGUUUCCUGCAGAAUGUGUUGAGGAAGUGCAGUGUAAACCAAAUGAAAGCAAACCAGAAACUCGAGCAGACAGAACAAAGAAAUUGUUUAGACACUAUACUGUUGGAUCAUAUGACAGCUUUGAUGCUUCAAGUGACUGCAUUAUAGAAGAAAAGGCUGUGGUCCUGCAGAAAAAAGACAAUGAAGGAUUUGGGUUUGUGCUCAGAGGGGCCAAAGCUGAUACACCAAUUGAAGAAUUCACCCCUACUCCAGCCUUUCCUGCCUUGCAGUAUCUGGAAUCAGUGGAUGAAGGUGGGGUAGCAUGGCAAGCUGGCUUGAGAACAGGAGACUUUUUGAUCGAGGUUAAUAAUGAAAAUGUAGUUAAAGUUGGCCAUAGGCAAGUGGUGAACAUGAUUCGGCAAGGAGGCAAUCAUUUAGUUCUUAAAGUUGUCACAGUAACCAGGAAUCUUGAUCCAGAUGACACAGCCAGAAAGAAAGCCCCACCACCUCCAAAACGGGCUCCAACCACUGCACUGACCUUGCGGUCUAAGUCAAUGACCUCAGAACUUGAAGAGCUUGUGGACAAAGCUUCAGUACGGAAGAAGAAGGAUAAAGUUGAUGAAAUAGUACCAGUUUCCAAGCCAUCAAGAAUUCCAGACAAUGCAGCCGUGGACUCAAGAGUGGCAACAAUUAAACAACGACCUUCCAGCAGAUGCUUUCCCUCGGCUACAGAUAUGAAUUCUAUGUAUGAGAGACAAGGGAUUGCUGUGAUGCCACCAACAGUCCCUGGGAGUUCCCAAGGCCCGUUUCUGGGUGUACCACGAGGUACCGUGAGAAGACAAAAAUCAAUAGGGAUAACAGAGGAAGAACGGCAAUUUUUGGCUCCUCCCAUGCUAAAAUUUACCAGAAGUCUAUCCAUGCCAGACACCUCUGAAGAUAUCCCUCCUCCUCCACAGUCUUUACCUCCAUCACCACCACCUCCAUCUCCUUCUCUUUACAACUCCCCCAAAUCUCCAGUGUCUAGAAUAUAUGGGACAAUUAAGCCUGCAUUUAAUCAGAAUUCAGGUGCAAAGUUAGCUAUUUCAGGUAGAUCUGAAAAUAUGGGAACGGUGAUAAGGGACAAAGGGAUAUAUUACCGGAGAGAGAUGGACCGUUAUUCUCUAGAUUCUGAGGACUUAUAUAGCAGAAAUGCCUCAACUCAGGCAAGCUUCAGAAACAAGAGAGGUCAGAUGCCGGAGAACCCAUACUCUGAAGUUGGAAAAAUAGCAAGCAAAGCAGUGUAUGUCCCAGCCAAGCCAGCAAGACGGAAGGGAAUGCUAGUGAAACAAUCUAAUGUUGAGGAUAGUCCAGAAAAAACCUGCUCUAUUCCAAUUCCAACUAUCAUUGUUAAAGAGCCAUCUACCAGCAGCAGUGGGAAAAGUAGUCAAGGAAGCAGCAUGGAGAUUGACCCACAGUCUUCAGAGCAACCAGGACAGCUCAGACCUGAAGAUAACUUGACUGUCAGUAGUCCAUUUGCAGCAGCCAUUGCAGGGGCAGUGAGGGAUAGGGAGAAAAGGUUAGAAGCCAGGCGUAACUCUCCAGCUUUCCUUUCCACAGAUUUGGGAGAUGAGGAUGUUGGGCUAUCGCCUCCAAUGCCACGUUUGAGACAGUCUAAGUUUAGUGAUGAGGGAAUGUUUGGUAAUGAAGACAACUUUAGGCAACUUGUAUCACCAUCUCCUAUCCCAGCACCUAGAGAGCCUGAAAAUAUUUUUAAUAGCAGUGAAUCAAGUAAUCAAAGUGAUGCAAGGACACCAAACCCUCCAACCCCAACAUCCAUGGGUUCAGAAAAUAAUGUGUUGGCAACUCAGAAUGCUGGUAUGUCCAGUUUGGAUAACUAUGUUCAUCCACUCACAGGGAAAUUACUGGAUCCAAAUUCACCUUUAGCCCUUGCCCUUUCUGCCAGAGAUAGAGCCAUGAAGGAACAAACCCAGCAAAUUCCAGGGAAAGGAGAAUCUGGCAAAGCAGACCUUAAUAAACCCCUUUAUAUAGAUACAAAGAUGAGGUCCAACAUCGAAACUACAUUUCCAGUGACAGCUACAAUUGCUAGGCAAAAUACGCGUGGUCCACUAAGGCGGCAGGAGACGGAGAACAAAUAUGAGACAGAUACGGGGAAAGAGAGGAGGCCUGAAGAAAAGAAGAACAUGCUGAUCAAUAUUGUGGAUACCUCACAGCAGAAGUCCGCUGGUUUGCUCAUGGUUCAUACGGUAGAUACAGCACAGUCCAAUGAGACCCCUGAUGAAAAGGAAGAGGAAAGUGCUGAGAUAGAUGUGGAUACUGAAAAGCCUCCACCAGAGGCGCAGGAAAGUACGGAAACAGCAGAAAGUGGACUAGAUGAAGCUGACAUGCCUGAGCUACCUGCAUCUCCCUGCAAAACUAUUGUAGCAGUUGGCUCUGUUGAUGAUCCAAUCAUUUUACCGUUCCGUAUCCCUCCACCCCCUUUAGCAUCUGUUGACCUUGAUGAAGAUUUCAUCUUUACUGAGCCAUUACCACCGCCUUUAGAAUUUGCUAACAGUUUUGAUAUCCCUGAUGACCAUUCUGUCCCAGGCUCUGCACUAACAGACUUGCUCAAACACAGAAAAAAUGGAACUCCGCCUACUUCAUUCAAUCCUACUCAACCCUCAAAUUCAAUAGACAGUAAGAAACCAGUGGGUCUUUCAAACUGUUUGCCUGCCUCAUUUUUACCACCGCCUGAAAAUUUUGAUAACGUCACUGACUCUGGGAUUGAAGAGGUGGACAGUCGAAGCAGUAGUGACCAUCACCUAGAGACAACCAGCACUAUCUCAACUGUGUCCAGCAUCUCUACCUUAUCCUCUGAAGGUGGUGAGAACUUGGAUACUUGUACAGUCUAUGCAGAUGGGCAAACAUUUCUGGUGGACAAACCCCCAGUACCUCCUAAGCCAAAAAUGAAGCCCAUAAUCAACAAAAGCAAUGCACUUUACAAGGAUGCGCUAAUUGAAGAAACUGUAGAUAGUUUUGUUAUUCCUCCGCCUGCCCCACCCCCACCUCCUAUCAGCGCACAGCCCGGUAUGGCUAAAGUUGUACAGCAAAGGACCUCUAAGCUAUGGGGUGAUGUAACGGAGGUUAAAAGCCCAGUUCUCUCAGGCCCAAAGGCUAAUGUCAUUAGUGAAUUGAACUCAAUACUGCAGCAAAUGAACAGAGAGAAAUCAUCAAAGCCAGGGGAAGGAUUGGAGUCACCUCCAGGAAUAAAAACAGCAAGUCUUAGUACAAGGGGCACAGAAGUCAUGAGCACUGUCUCAGGUACUCGAAGUUCAACCAUCACUUUUACUGUCCGGCCUGGGACUAGCCAGCCAAUCACACUGCAGAGCAGAUCCCCAGACUAUGAUAGUAGGACACCAGGAGCAAGACAUGCUCCAAGCCCAGUGGUUUCACCAACAGAAAUAAGUAAGGACAUCAUGCCAGCUCCUCUGACUGCUGCUGCUCCAGUUGCAUCUCCUUCUCCAACACUUUCUGAUGUUUUUAGCCUACCCAGCCAGCCUCCUUCGGGGGACCUCUUUGCUUUGAACACAGGGCGCAGCAGGUCUCCUUCUCCCUCAAUCUUGCAACAGCCAAUAUCAAAUAAGCCUUUUACAACUAAGCCUGUCCACCUGUGGACCAAGCCAGAUGUGGCAGAUUGGUUGGAGAGUUUAAACUUAGGUGAACAUAAAGAGACCUUUAUGGAUAAUGAAAUAGAUGGCACUCACUUACCAAACCUUCAGAAGGAAGACUUGAUAGACCUUGGAGUGACUAGAGUUGGUCACAGAAUGAACAUAGAAAGAGCCUUGAAACAGCUACUGGACAGAUAAGAAUGGCUGCGCUUGCCUCACAUACCUUUGUUAUAAAUAGAGAUGGGCUGGUACUGAAACACCCCAAAUGCCUUGGCUCCCCAAGAGUACCACUAAAUUGAAGCAUCGGUUGGUUGCUAUAGUUUUUGAUAUGCAAGAGUGUAGAUUGUAAGUUUGGUGCCCGGGAGCCGCCCCAACCAAGUAAAUGUACGUUAUUAAAGGGACUAUAUAUUUCAAAGAGGAAGGAAGGAAGGAAGGGGAGAGAAUAAGGAAAGGGGGGAAAUGCUAAUUUUUUAAAAUAUAUGUGUGUGUGUGUGUAAGCUCUGGUCUUACUGAAAUUAUUUCUAAAAUUAUUACAGUAUUUUUAUUUAUGGGGCAUGGGGAUAACAUUCAUCCUUUGGUAUUCAUGAAUUGUUUUCCUGCCCUUCAGAAAUGCCCUUCUGCCUGAACAAUACUGUGCCAGUUUAUUUUUGGUUUGAAACAUAUUGGUGUUUCUCCUUUCACAAUAAAGUAUUAUGUCCAGCUCUUUUUGCAAUUUCUGCUCUCCCCACCCCCAGUCAUUCCACAUGCCCAUUGCACUCAGUUCCAUGGCUCCUCCUAUUUUGAUUCUCACUUCUGCCAAUUAGACACCAUACUAACAUUCACAUUUUUUCAUAGCACAUUUACUGGUUUUAAUUAAAAAUCAAUACAUUCGUGGGGUUGUAGAAGCAGAGAUUUCAAAAAACAAACAAACAACUUUCUGACAUCCUUUUGGCUUGUUUAUUGCAUUCCUUGGUUUAUCUCUAAUGAAUUUAGUUCUUGUCAUCCUUUGUAACUAGUCACAUAGCUUUCAUUAAUUUUUGCCCUCCCACACAGUUAGAUUCAGAUCUGAAUGAGCUGUUCAUGCAAAGAAAAGUAUUUUUAUGCACUGAUUGCUUUUGCUGUGUCAAAGUGAUCACGUGUGGCGAGGGACUCAAUUACUGCUAUGAUCCAAAGAAUAAAUAAAAGAACAAUAUAUAUUGUUUCUACAGUUCUGCAUGUGAAUGCACAAACCUUUGCACAAGCUAUGUUCACAACUGUGCAUAGGGUAGGAGUUUCCAUCUCAAAAUAUCAUCUUUCUGCUCUUGCUGAAUCCACGUGGCACAAAGCCUGUUUUUACAUGCAGAAGUGUAUCUUUAUGUGUUGGCAUUAGUCUAUGGCACCAGGAAGAGGAAAAUCUAAAAGCGAUUGCCUGCAUAAUCUGAAACUAUAAGCAAGAUGCAUGUUUUUUUUCAGAAACCUGAUGGGCACCUAUUAUAGAUGCAAGGAACAAUUUCUAAAAAUUCAAGUUAGCUUCAGUUCAGAGGCGCCAGGUUGCCCACCAGAUUGAGGGGUCCUGGCAUGCUUUGUACACGUGUGAUGUCUUGCGUGGCACACACACGUCGUAUCACAGGCAAUGCGCACUACGACAUCACAACACCUGGAGGAGGCCGAGUGCUGUGAAGGAGCCAGCCACUGAUACUGCAGUAUGCGACCCACUCAACAUUGAGAGGGCCCGACCCCAUUCCAACAAAUAUUCAGGGUGCCAAAGACACGUCAGCCACCUAAAGUUGGCACACCGUCAGUUUGACUUUGGCUUCAGUUUGACUGAAAAUCAAAAAUCCCAAAGUUCACUUCUGCAUUGCUGCAUGAACUAGAGCAGCAUUGCAGGAGAAUACAUUUGUUCUCACAACUUGGGUUGAGUUUAUUUGACACUGAGUUGAAAACCAAUGAAAUGGCUAUGAAUUGGUUGGAAUGCAUACUUAGAAUGAUAGUCUUUAUUGUGGGAUAUAUAUUUAGAGAUUUCGUAACCUAUGGAGAUUAGCAGUAUUCUCCCACCUUAUUCUCUCUCCCACUGUAAGUAAUACACAUUAUGAAUUUUGUGGUUCCCGCCUUCCUGAAGACUUCAGCCUAUAACAGAAGGUUAAAUCAUAUGUGGUUACUCAGUCAUCAAACUACUUAACUUUCAGAAGGCCUCAUAUUUUUGGAAGGCAUCUAAAUUCUUUCCUUAAUACAUCCCAGCCUAUCUCUAAUUAUAUUUUCUCACAACGAAGUGUCUAAUUAGGUCUAGAACUAGUACAUAAAAUUUAGCAAUUUCAAUAUCUUUCUUUACUGCAAGUUUAAAUAGUUGUACAGAUAGUUUAUAAGCACAAUAUUUUAAGAAUAUAAGUGGCUGGUCUACUGGGCAGCCUUUGUGCCACUUCAAUGCUAGAAAUUUAAAAAAAUAAAAUAAAACUUUUGUGGUUUACUACUAUUUCUGUGGAAUAAUUAUUAAGUCUUGACCUUUUUAAAUCAACCUCAUUUGGAUGCAUCUGAACCAGCAGAGCUGUGUUAUAUUUUCUAUCUUUGCUAGAACUUCUUCAGAAGAUGAGUGUUUCUUCAAACAUGGUUACAAUUAACAAUGCAGUGGUUAAUUAUGAAAACUAAUAUUCAUCUCUCUCUUCUCCCCCCACUUCACUUUCUGCAAAAACUGGUCUUUUGACUUAACAUCUGUUGUUGUAUCCUUCACAGGUUCCUAUUUGCAUUUGAAAGUUCCAAGUAACCUUAUAAUUAAAAUCUAGUUUAAAUGCAAAAGUCCUGAAAUUUCCAUAAUUAUAUGGAUUAUGUAGAGGAUGACAUUCAUAUAUUCAGUGGCUACAAAAAGCCAUCAAAUAUUAUUAUUUUUUUGUGGCGGUGGGGGUGUAAAAAAGGAAAUGAUAAUUCAGCCAUCAUUGUCUUCCAUUUGGUGAUAUUGCAGAAUCAGUAAAUAAACCACGAACGCCAUGCUCCUUUUUGCUUCUUUGAAUGCAGUUGGUGUUACCUCUACAAUAUGUGCCAGGAAAUACAACAGGACACAUGGUAGGAAAAGAAAAUAGAGAGAAUUAUUUCUAAGCUGCUGUUAAUCAUACCCUUUUACUGUUGAAUAUCUUAUGAUGGUGUACACCGAAGUUACAAGUGAUGGUAAUCCCUUUCUUAAAAGGGGUCUCUUAGAUACGUAUCUCUUUCAGGCACUUACAUAGUAGGUACAAUAGAAUUAGUAGAAAAGAGAUUUAAACAUCAAAGAGCUAAUGAAAUAGUUUAUUUUUACAUUGUGUCUUAUGAUUGAAAGAGUAAUAGGGCCUACAAGGAACUGCUUUUAUCAAUAAAAUACACCUUUGCCAAGAGGAAGUAGUCUUUAGUACUGUUUGAUGGUUUUAUCACAGAAAGCAAUAGUAACAGAUACAGUUGCCUCCUAGCAUUUUUAUCAGUCUUGAAAAUGUUGGGAGCAGGAAUGGCCCUUCUAAUCUCCUGCUACUAUGAUGGUGCAAAAUAAGGUGUUAGAGAUAAUCUUGUUAAUGAUAUUCCAGGUUUUAGGAACAACUUUUGUUUAUAUACUGUAAUUUAAAUAAAUUGCAUUUACAUGCCUAGUUUCUGUAAUAUUUGUGUAUACAAUACCAAAAUCACACAAGAUGUAAAUUGUGUAUAACUGCACAGACUCUAUUCCCUGGGUGUCUGGGAACAUUUUAAGUUUUAAUUCAUAUAUUAUAAAAUGACUAUAUGUGACUGUUGAUUUACAGAAUUUACAUAUCACAAAAGCUAACUAUUUGUGGUACCUAAGUUAAUAAAAGUGAUUUUCUGAUUCUGAGUUCCUUUACAAACAAGCAUUACCCAGUUGAUCUGGCAAUGACUCUGUGUAUGAGCCUCUAAUACUGAUAAUUUUUCCAUUACAUUUAUUUUAUUUUCUAGAUAGUAAUGUUUCUCGCUAUAGUUUGUGUAACAACUUGUGUUCAUGUUAUCUUUGUUGCUGUAAUUUUUGUGCUUUAAUUCCUCUUAUUUCAAAUUGAUGACAACAAAAUCAAGCUCCUGUAACUUGCACUUUCCCUAAUCCUUACUACUCUUGUAUGGCAACCAAAAUUACUGUAAGAAAUAAAUAUAAUAUUGCACUAAGGUUGUGGUUCUGAUUACAAACAGUAAGAACAGUCUGAAUCUUUUGUUUUUGGAAAGAGUUGCCAAAACUUGCUGUUUAAUAUUUCUUUUUUAAAAACUGUUCCAGUUACCUUUAAUUUAGCUCCCACAAGAUAUCUGACUACUUAUCAUUAUUGUGGAUUCCAAAUCCGAAUUUCAGAUGAGAAAUGUGUGUUGUAGAAAUAUGAGAGAACACACGUUUAUGUAAGGGUGAUUUGAGUUCUUCCUUUGAUGGAUGUUUUUGCAAUCUCCCCCCCCCCCCCCGAUUGUAGUGAUUUCAGUGUUCUGAGCUUCCCAAAGGACAAUUAGUUGUCAUUUCAGAUGUUAAAUCAUUAUAGUUUAGUGAAAGGCCCCCAUGUUAAGGCACCUUACGAAAGAGACGCAAGGGCUGUGACUCAAAGGUUCUCACGUUCCUCACUGGGCUGCAAAUAAGUAGCACUGCCAUUGCACAGAAGGCCCACCUCUGCUCUUCCCUCUCAGCGUGCUGACCGUGUGGAGGAGGAAGGGACUGCCUGCCCUAUUGGACGAGAGAUUUAACAGCAGACCAUUUUGACGCCUUUAUUCCAAACAUAUCUCCUUUACCGUUUGCCUGAUCCUCUUUAAAAGCCAUUCAAGUUGGUGGCUGUCGCUGCCUCCUGCGCAAGAGUAUUCCAAAGUUUAACUGUGCGCUGCAUGAAGGCAUUUUACUAAAUGUGAAGCUAAAUGAAGGCCUUUCCCACUCUCUGUUUGCAUAUACAGAAUUAUAGUCAGAAAGGGGAAUCGGGAAGCAGAAGCUUAUUUCCUAACGCAGUUCAGGUGUAAGUGCGUUAUGUUUCUAUCACUCGUAUUCUGCAAUUGGAGUUCAUCAAUUCCUAUGGAAGGAUUGCAUUUCCCUUUUCAUGGGAAGAAUGUUGAAUAUUCUAAGCUUUCUGUUUCUUCCUCUGAUUCCUCCCACCUUUUUUUCCUUUAAGUCAGAUGUGGGGAACCUGAGGCCCUCCAAAAGAUGCUGAACACCAGUUUUCAUGAUCCUUGACCAUGGGCCAUGCAAGGUAGGGCUGGUGGAAGUUUGAGGACAAAAACACUUGGGAGGCCACAGGUUUCCUGUCCUUGGUUUAAAUUCUGAAGAUUCGUAGAAGAAAAUGCCUUAAUGCAGUUAUGAAAUUUAUGUUCCAUAAUAGAUGGGAUUUGGCUUUGUUUGGAGGUUUAGUUUUCUCCCAUGCAUGGGUUUCUGGUCUAUGUCCAUUGUGUCUGAUAUUCAAAGGAUUCUGUAGCUUUGUUUUCUUCAGUGUUUAAUUGUAUUCAGUUAUUCUAACUGCCAAGAUACAUGGAUAUCUUUAUCUAGCUAUAGAUACGGUUAUACCUGCACACAUUAUUAUUUUGUAAUAAUAAUAAUAAAACUAGCCUCGCACCAUGCUAUGGAAUUACUAGUGCUGGGUAUGGUUCCAGAUAGUAAUUUACACAUCUUUGUUAAAGCUUUUUCAUUCAGGAAACUGGUUAAUUUCAAACAUAUUGCAUUGGCCACCUUACAGCACAGAGUGAAGACUUGCAUCAACAGGAUAAUACUCAAGAACAGUACCAGCACUGACCAUGAGUUGUAUACUGAAAUUGUACAUCACAACGCAGUAAAUACAAGGAUGAAGUGCGGGCCUCGGACACUUUGAACCUGACUUGUACAAAUCAUGUUACAAACUGUUGAUCUUUUGAUGAGAAAUACCAUUUCAACAUCCAUGUAUUGUAGUUACAGUGCCUUGUAUUCUGGAUCAAGAAGUCCAUCAGUGCACAGCUUAACAAAAAAUUAAAUUGCUAAAUGUUGGGGGGGGGAAAUCAAAACAUUAUUUUGCAGCCCUCUCUAAUAAAGCUGUGACUUGAUGAGUCACCAAAAUGAAAUAAAAAAUUCAAA